AAUUAGUCACAUUACAAAAUAUUGUAACAAAAGCUUACUAAGCUUCAUUUUUUUUAUAUUCGUAAAGUUAUUUAAGAAUUAGGGUUAUUGUUAUGGUUAGGGUAAUGGCUAGGAAACCAUUGAGUCAUCGGAUUUUAACGUGUGAUAUGCCGGAAUUAAUGGUGUUUUCCGGCGACCCCGCGAUAAAUAUAUCCGAUACGGUGUUCGGGUUUCUCGACGACGAGUCGCCGGAGAGUAUUGGUGUUAAUUUUUGUGUUGAAAAUGAAGAAGAAGAUGAUGAAGAGAAAGAAGAUUCUGAAAAUGUUGAAGAUAAUCAAUUUUGGGAAACUCAACAUCAGCUUUUACAAGGUAUACUAUAUCGGACUACUACAUUAGAAUCACAAAUCCGAAGCAUUACAAAAGAGACAGUAAAAGAAGCAAAGCUUCAGUCUGAGAUUAAUGGCAUUUGCACUUGCCGGAAAACCGCCGACGACGGCUGCCGGAACUGCCUUAUGAAGGAGGUGUGUAGUCGUUUACAAAUUGCUGGUUUCAACUCUGCAAUUUGCAAGUCUAAGUGGAAGAGCUCUCCAGAUAUUCCUUCAGGUGAACAUACAUUUAUAGAUGUGAUUGAUUCUUCAAAUCCUAAAAAGGGAGAAAUAAGAGUUAUCAUCGAGCUAAAUUUUCGAGCUGAGUUUGAGAUGGCAAGAGCAUGUGAAGAAUACAACCGAUUAGUAAAAUGCUUGCCAGAAGUCUUUGUCGGAAAAAUUGAGAGAUUAUUAUCGUUGAUCAAGAUUCUGUGUGCAGCUGCGAAGAAAUGCAUGAAGGAGAAGAAAAUGCACAUUGGGCCAUGGCGAAAACAAAAAUACAUGCAAGCUAAGUGGCUUAAAACACGAGAACGUAUGGCGGCCAAGCUACCGUCGUCCACAGUCGUCGACGAGUAUUUUAGCCGGCCGCCACGGCCGAGGGCAUCUAUGCUCACAGUCGAUUUGCUGGAAAAUAUUCCGAAUUUACAUCUCACGGCAGUUGAAGUAGUAUGAGUUAUGUUAAUUGAUGUAUACAAUUGGAAAAAAACAUUGUUUACAUAAGUGUAUUUUUUGUUGUUUUUCUUUAAGCUUUUGGGCUUAAUAGCUCGGAGAGUAGAGUUUAUAAUAUAACCUAUGAAUAGUGAUUGCAAGUCUGCGGCUUCGUUUGUGGUUAGAUCUUAAAUGAAUAGUGAUUGCAAGUUUAAAAGUGAUUGACCUGUGGCUGCUCAGAAUCUGUAAAAUGAAGAAAAGAAGAGAAAAAAUAAUAAGCUCCUUUUUGUGCUA